UCGUGAUUAAUUUUUUUUUUUUGCCAAUAUUGCCCAACCCUAUGGGUUUAUACACACUUAAAGCUCAUACUGUCCUUUUCUGAGACAAGAGGCACAGYGGCUGUAGAAAACUUGUCUAACAGAAAUAUUUUUGGUAAACCUGCAGCACUGUCCGAGUAUUUAAAGCGGUGUAUUUUCAGAAAAUAAACUUUAUUAUUGAGUUAUCWUGUGUUUUGUCGCCAUCUAGCGGUGGCUGAAUGGUACAGUCGCGUUUUUUUUAAAUGAAUAUAGGGACCGCUAGCUGAUCCAACUAUGAAGUAAAUAAAGAAAUUGUCCAGUCUUACAUCGUGUGGUCAUGCCACAACUUGUGAACUAAGCAACACACCGAAAUGUUUACUUGUAGACAGUAAACUGUUGUCGCUUUUAUUCUGACCGUCGGAUCGAGAGAGGAGCAGGGCUGCAGCUGCAGCAACCAGUCAACAUGGACACCGCGGAGGAAGCAGAUAUCUGUCGAGUAUGUCGGUCAGAGGGGACCCAGGAAAAGCCCCUUUAUCAUCCUUGUGUUUGCACCGGCAGCAUCAAAUUUAUUCAUCAAGAGUGCUUAUUACAGUGGCUAAAACACAGUAGAAAGGAAUACUGUGAAUUAUGCAAACACAGGUUUGCRUUUACGCCAAUCUACUCCCCAGACAUGCCGUCUCGCCUGCCUGUCCAAGAUAUCUUUGCAGGACUGGUUACCAGUAUUGGAACCGCCAUCAGAUACUGGUUCCACUACACACUGGUGGCCUUCGCCUGGCUCGGUGUUGUGCCUCUCACAGCAUGUCGCAUCUACAARUGUUUGUUUACUGGCUCUGUGAGCUCUCUUCUUACCCUGCCAUUAGACAUGCUUUCAACGCAGAACCUGCUUGCCGACUGCCUCCAGGGCUGUUUUGUGGUCACAUGCACGCUGUGUGCCUUCAUCAGUCUGGUGUGGCUCCGAGAGCAGAUYGUCCAUGGCGGAGCCCCACAGUGGCUUGAGCAGAAUCAAGCCCCUCUGAUUCCUAACCAGCCUGACGGCCCUGCGCGAGCUAAUGAGGAUCCAGGUGCUAAUGCUGCAGCCAACGCUCAGGCUGCUGCAGGUGCUGCAGGCGCCCCGGCAGAGGCCGGCCCCAACGAGCAGGCGAUGGGAAACCAGCACAGGGAUGAAGCUGAACUGGACGAUGACGACGGAGACGACGACGACGACGAUGACGAUGGGGACGAUGAGGAGGAAGGAGAGGAGGAAGAAGGGAGGGAAGAGGAUGCUGCUGAAGCCAAUAACGGAGGACAAGAUGCUGGGGCUCGAUGGUUCCCUAGUUUUCCUGGAGCAUGUCUUCUGGGUGGUAUCUCUUAACACACUCUUCAUCCUGGUCUUUGCUUUUUGCCCAUAUCACAUUGGACAUUUCUCAGUGGUUGGACUGGGCUUUGAAGAUUGUAUUAAAGCAUCCCAUUUUGACGGCCUCAUCACAACAAUACUGGGAUAUAUUCUCCUGGCUGGAGCACUCGUCGUCUGUCAUGCUCUGGCUUCAUUAGUGAAGUUCCAGAGGUCCCGGCGCCUUCUAGGUGUCUGCUACAUUGUUGUCAAGGUGUCCCUGCUGGUUGUCAUGGAGAUAGGCUUGUUUCCGCUCAUAUGUGGUUGGUGGCUUGACAUUUGUUCACUGGAAAUGUUUGACGCGACCCUUAAAGACCGGCUACAAAGUUUUGACUCGGCUCCUGGCACCACCAUGUUCCUUCACUGGCUGGUUGGCAUGGUCUACGUAUUUUACUUUGCUUCCUUCAUCCUUCUGCUUCGAGAGGUUCUUCGACCAGGCGUUCUGUGGUUUUUGAGGAACCUGAACGAUCCAGACUUCAACCCAGUGCAGGAGAUGAUCCACCUGCCUAUCUACCGACACCUCAGGAGGUUUAUACUGUCAGUGGUGGUUUUUGGUUCAAUAGUUCUGCUGAUGCUUUGGCUUCCAAUCAGGAUUAUUAAACUUCUCUUCCCAACCUUCCUCCCCUACAACGUCAUGCUUUACAGUGACGCCCCGGUCAGUGAGCUGUCACUGGAGCUGCUGCUGCUUCAGGUCGUUCUGCCGGCGUUGUUGGAGCAGGGCCACACCCGCCAGUGGCUCAAACGCCUCGUCCACGCCUGGACCUUCACAGCUGGAUACGUGCUUGACCUUCACUCGUAUCUUUUGGGGGACCACGAGGAGGAGGAGAACCAACCUAAUAACCUUCCUGGUCGGCUUAACAACAACCGGAUUCCUGGUCUUAGGGAGGGUCUUCAUGCUGCCCACCAAGCCAUUCUGCAGCAGGGUGGACCUGUGGGUUUCCAGCCAUACCACCGGCCCCACAACUUCUCCCUCAAGAUCAUUCUGCUGGUGGUCUUCAUGUGUGUGACUCUGUUACUAGCAAGUUUGAUCUGUCUCACACUGCCAGUGUGUGUGGGUCGGUGGAUGAUGUCUCUCUGGAUGGGCAGUGUGAUGGUUCACGAGCUGUACACAGCAGCCAGCGGUCUGUAUGUCUGCUGGCUGUCCAUUCGAGCCGCCACAGUGCUUCUGUCCUGGAUGCCACAGGGAAGGACGGUCAUCCUGAUCAAAGUCCACGAGUGGACGCUCAUGAUCUUCAAGACCAUUGUGGUAGCCAUGAUGUUAGCCGGAGUGAUCCCUCUGCUGCUAGGUCUGCUGUUUGAGCUGGUCAUUGUCGCUCCUCUCAGAGUCCCACUCGACCAGACCCCUCUCUUCUACCCCUGGCAGGACUGGGCUUUGGGCGUCCUUCAUGCCAAAAUCAUUGCUGCCAUAACACUAAUGGGCCCUCAGUGGUGGCUCAAAACAGUCAUUGAACAGGUGUAUGCUAAUGGCAUCAGAAACAUCGACCUCCAUUUUAUCAUUCGAAGUCUGGCCGCCCCCGUCAUCUGUGUCCUGUUGUUGUCUCUCUGCGUGCCCUACACCAUCUCGAAAGGCAUUACACCCAUUCUGGGAGUGCAGGCAGAGAUGCAGACUCUGGUGGAGAGGAGAAUCUACCCCUUCCUGCUGAUGGUGGUCAUACUGUUGGCCGUACUGUCCUUUCAGAUUCGACAGUUCAAACGCCUCUACGAACACAUCAAAAAUGACAAAUACCUGGUUGGACAGCGGUUGGUAAACUACGAACGGAAAAUGAGCAGAAAUUCAUCCACAUCUUACAGCAGCUCAUAGAGCUCACACUGCUGUUAGAUCACCAGGAGCAACCAGCUGCUCAUGUGGUGAACUCUUAUUUUAUUUUUUAUUUUUAUUUUUGCUUUUUACCACUUCCCAACUACCAACAUCAAACAACACUUACAAACCUUUGACUGCAGCCUCAUCCUUUUUAUUCACCAACACUUCUCCCCCUCAGGCUGGGAGGCCAACGAGCGAGGGCACAACCCACCCACCUCGGUCAUUUUGAUGUGAAAAUUGAAAAUCUGAGCAAAGUUCUUAACAAACGUGCAAAGCUCCAACUUAAACUUCAGAACCACAAAUACACUCACUGUUUCUGUUAAUUGUCAGUUUGUAGCCUCCAACUCAGGUGUAGUUUUCAAUUUUGCUUGAUUUUUAUAAAUCUUUGGCUGAAGGUCUGGUUACGUCGAGCAUUGAUUUUUAUUUUUAUUUUUAUUUUACCUCAGAUUGUGCUUCGCUUUGAUUGUUGUAAAGUAGUUUAUGUCGAGUGUCUUAUAUGUUUUCAGAGCUGCGGAUGAGAUUUUUGGACUUCAGUGGACUUGCUUCCAUAGUCCUGUAGAGUUUUCUCAUCCACGCUCUGAUAAGGAAAACAUAUUUUAUUUAGGUGUGUUUAAUGUUUCUGAAAUAGGUGUGUCCUCUGAGGAUUAUAUUCAGUAAAAGAAUGAGGGAAAAUGUUUUCUUGAAGACAAUGUCAAGGACACAACUUUUUCCUCGAGAUGUUGCUCUCUGAAUUUUAACAAGAGGCUGGUGUUUAUUUACAGACUGAUGCUUUUUUUUCCAAACAUUUCAAAACAAGGUCAAUCAAUUCAACUUUUUGUUUUAACUCCUGAAGGGUAAAAACAAGAGCUACACAGCUUAAAAUAAAUGUUGAAGCUACUUUUGUCCGUAAAAACUAAUUCAUCAUUAUAUUGUUAGUGUUGUUCCUCUGGGCAGGAAACUUAAACACAACAAUAGGACAAUGUUUUAAAGGCACAGUGUGUAGGAUUUAUUUYCAGUGACAUCUAGUGG